CGAGUGAUUUUAGUCAACAAGGGCACUACAUAGGGUGCAGGAGCUAUUAUGUGACAUCUUAUAGAGUGAGCCUAGGUAGGGAGUAAGGAAGGAUUUGGGAUUGAGGCAAAAGCAAAGCGACGCCAGGUUCACGGUGGUACUGCUUGCGUACGCAGACAGCGAGUGGAAGGGAAAAUGUCAGCCUUGCCUGACGGCAAAAAGCUGGUGCGAAGCCCGAGCGGACUGCGCAUGGUGCCGGAGAACGGAGCGUUCAGCAGCCCGUUUUCUUUAGACGAGCCUCAGUGGGUUCCGGAUAAAGAGUGUCCCAGAUGCAUGCAGUGUGACACGAAAUUUGACUUCAUCACCAGAAAGCACCAUUGUCGACGAUGUGGCCGGUGUUUCUGCGAUAAGUGCUGCAGUAAGAAGGUGGCCUUGCCCAGGAUGUGCUUUGUAGAUCCAGUCAGGCAGUGCGGGGAAUGCAGCGUCAUCUCGCAGAAAGAACUUGACUUCUAUGACAAACAGCUCAAAGUGCUCACCGCAGGAGGCACAUUCCUGGUCACAGUAGGCUGCUCGGAGAAAUCAGAGACCAUGGUGUGCCGUCUGUCAAAUAACCACAGAUAUCUGUUCCUGGAUGGAGAAAGCCAUUUUGAGGUGGAGUUGUCUCGGAUCUCCACUAUGCAAGUGCUGACAGAGACAGAGGGCUCGACUCCUGGAGAGAAAGAUAUUCAUACUUACACCACUCUGCUGGACAGUCAGUAUAUAUCAGAAGGAGGCAUGUCUCGUGCCACAGGCAUGCUGCUGCAUUAUAAGCCCCCGGGCGCGCAGGACUCUCAGCAGCUUCGCAUGGAGGCAGCCGACGACAAGAAGAGCGCCUCCUCCUGGCUCGCCGCCAUGCACAAGCUUUACUCUUAUGGGUUGCAGACGGUGAAGAGGCUGCCAAACUUCUGUACGAGUCAAGGGACCAGUAAAAUAACUGAAAUAAAGGCACAGAGCUGAAGAGGAACAGGAGGAGUGUUCAGACCAAGAGAGAAGGAUGCGUGUUUGUUAGAAACUCAUGUGUACUCCGCAAUGCCUACUUGCUUUCUAUCGGACCUCUGCUUUCCGCUUCCCAUUUGGAUUAACUGGAUUGGUCACGUGACUCGUCCGUCACUCCAAUAGGGUGGACCAAGUUAACCAUUGAUUCUAGUGCAAUGUAUAUAUAUAUAUAGACAUUAUAUAUGCACAAUGUUCUACAGUGAAUACGUUCAAGUCGAGUCAUAUAUGAUUUUUUUUUUUUCUAGUUACGAGUCAAAUAGUCCUAUUUUAACACAUAAUACUCUGUAUAUGUAUAUCUACAUUUUAUUACCAGUAUAUUCACUUGUAACACUUUGUAACUGUGCCUCCAAAUCACCAGUACACACUACACCAAGCAGUUAAUUUGAUUAUCAAGCAGGUUUGAGCAUUUCUGCUUUUUAACCAAGUAUCCAUAUCCCGUUAUUUUCCAUGGUCUCCAUAUGAAGUUUGUCGUAACACUACAGGUCAGCCCCGGUAAAUGUAAAUGAAGCUCACUUUCCAAGAAAGUACUGUUUGUGCUCUUGCGAAAUCUCCAUACAAGACUUCCUCAUGAAUCCAUGGUCAGUAUUCAGAAAACAGAAAAUCUGAGGUCAUUCUGUUUUCUCCCUUAAAAUAACUUUUUUUUGUAAUAAAAAUGUGUUGUAAUACAAAUUCGUUUACAGAUGUGUGCAUGGUAUAUAUACACCAAUCAGCCAUAACUUUAAAACCACUGACUGGUGAAGUGAAUAACAUUGAUCAUCUCUUUACAAUGGCACCUGUCAAGGGGUGGUGCAUAUUAGGCAGCAGGUCAACAGUCAGUUCUGGAAGUUUAUGUGUUAGAAGCAGAAAAAAUGGGCAAGCGUAAGGAUCUGAACAAUUUUGACAAGGACCAAAUUGUAAUGGCCAGAUGACUGGUUUAGAGCAUCUCCAAAACGGCAGGUCUUGUGGGGUGUCUCCGGUAUGCAGUGGUUAGUACCUACCAAAAGUGGUCCAAGGAAGGACAACCAGUGAACCGCGACUAAGGUCAUGGGUGCCCGAGGCUCAUUGGUGCGCAUGGGGAGCAAAGUCUAGCCCAUCUGGUCCGAUCCCACAGAAGAGCUACUGUAGCACAAAUUGCUGACAAAGUUAAUCCUGGCUAUGACAGAAAGGUGUCAGAGCACACAGUACAUCACAGCUUGCUGCGUAUGGGGGUGUGUAUCCGCAGACCGGUCAGAGUACCCAUGCUGACCACCGAAAGCACCUACAGUGGGCGCGUGAGCAUCAGAACUGGACAGUGGAGCAAUGACAGAAGGUGGCCUGAUGAAUCACGUUUUCUUUUACAUCAUGUGGACAGCCGGGUGCGUGUGCGUUGAUUACCUGGGGAAGAGAUGGCGCCAGGAUGCACUAUGGGAAGAAGGCUGGCGGAGGAAGUGUGAUGCUCUGGCAAUGUUCUCCUGGGAAACCUUGGGUCCUGGCGUUCAUGUGGAUGUCACUUUGACACAUGCCACCUACUUAAACAUUGUUGCAGACCAAGUACACCCCUUCAUGGCAACGGUAUUCCCUAAUGGCAGUGGCCUCUUUCAGCAGGAUAAUGCGCCCUGCUGCACUGAAAAAAUUGUUCAGGAAUGGUUUGACGAACCUUACAAAGAGUUCACGGUGUUGACUUGGCCUCCAAAUUCCUCAGAUCUGAAUCCAAUCAAGCAUCUGUGGGAUGUGCUGGUCAAGCAAGUCCGAUCCAUGGAGGCGCCACCUCACAACUUACGGGACUUAAAGGAUCUGCUACUAACGUCUUGGUACCAGAUACCAAAGCACACCUUCAGCACACCUGUCUGUGCCUCGACAGGUUAGAGCUGUGUUGGUGGCACAUUGGGGACCUACACAAUAUUAGGCAGGUUUUAAUGUUAUGGCUGGUAUAUAUAUAUUUUUUUUUUCUUGCUGAUUAAAUCAAUUAUUUGUAACCUGUA